AUGGUCACAACAGUCACAGAGUUUUGUUACUUCGUCGAAUGCAAUGAUAUGACUGACGAUGUCCCGAAGCGAUCCUUCACCAUCCUCAACAAUAGCUCACGUCAUUUCAACCUUAGAGCACAAAACACCAAUAAUGUUUUUCUUGAACGCAACAUACUCAGAAUCCACAUGUCGCUCUCUCACAGACGCGCCGUCGCCUCUCUCUCUCUCUCUCUCUCUCUCUCUCUCUCUCUCUCUCUCUCUCUCUCUCUCUCUGUCUUUUUAACAAAUACUUUCAUGUUCUUCCUGACUCUCUCCUUUUCUCAGAUCCCCUCUCUAUCUCAUUCCUGUAGUUCCCGCUUGCUCUUUCUACAAUUCCCGAGUUUUCUUCCGCCUACUCAGCUUUUCUUUCUCUAUCUCCUUCCUGUAGCAACUACUUACUCUCUCUACAAUCUCUUAUUUAACUUCCCACUCUAUCUCAUUCCUGUAGUUUAUCCACACUCUCCUUUUCUCCACUUUCUCUUUUCUUACUUCCCCUUUACAAUCUUCCGCUUACUCUCCUCUUCGCUCUCUAUUACAUUGUCUUACAAUCUCCUGUUUUCCCCGCUUACUCUCCUCUUCCAUCUUUAUCUCAAUUCAGUAGUUCAUCCUUACUCUCCUUUUCUCAGCCCCCCCUCUCUAUGUUAUUCCCGUAAUCUCCCUUUACUCUCUAUACAAUCUCUUAAUUUUCCGCUUACUCUUCUCUUCCAACUUUAUCUCAUUCCAAUAGUCCUUCCUUGCUCUCCUUUUCUCAACUCCCCUCUCUAUCCCCUUCUCGUAGUUCUCUCUUACUCUCUUUGCAAUCUAAUAUCUUCUUCCGCUUACUCUCCUCUUCCCUCCCUAUCUCAUUCCCUUCCCCCUUACUCUCUUUACAAUCUCAUAUUCUUCUUCCGCUUCCUCUCACCUUCCCUCUCUAUCACAUUCCGUAGUUUUCUCUUACUCUCUCUACAAUCAUCUAUUUUCUUCCGCUUACUCUGUUCUUCAAACUUUAUCUCAUUUCAAAAGUACUUCCUUACUCUCCUUUUCCCAACUCUCGCAGUUCCCCCUUACUCUCUUUACAAUCUCAUUUUCUUCUUCCGCUUCCUCUCACCUUCCCUCUCUAUCACAUUCCGUAGUUUUCUCUUACUCUCUCUACAAUCAUCUAUUUUCUUCCGCUUACUCUGUUCUUCAAACUUUAUCUCAUUUCAAAAGUACUUCCUUACUCUCCUUUUCCCAACUCUCGUAGUUCCCCCUUACUCUCUUUACAAUCUCAUAUUCUUCUUCCGCUUCCUCUCACCUUCCCUCUCUAUCACAUCCCCGUAG